AUGGCACCAUCACAAUUAGAAAUCAAAACCAAAGCUUUAGGAAGAUUGAUUAAAGAAGAAUCAUUAUAUCAAGAUGAAUUAAAAGCUCAAGAAGCUCAUGUUGAACAAUUGAAAUCAUCGGGUGCUGAUCAAUACGAUUUGAAAAAGCAAGUCGAAGUGUUGGAUGAUACAAAGAAUGUCAUUCCUGAAAUUCGUAAAAAAAUUGAUGAAGCUCAACAAUCUUUAGAAGAAUUCUUAAAAGAAUAUCAAGGAACUGAAGAUUUAACAGCUUCAAAGGAAAACAUUGAAUUAGCUCAAAAGAUUUUAAAAUAA